AUGGGCCGAACUCGGGAAGCUGGCUGCGUGGCUGCUGGUGUGGUGAUCGGGGCUGGAGCCUGCUACUGUGUAUACAGGCUGACCUGGGGAAGAGAUAAGGAGAUAAUCUGGAAGGAGGACGACGAUGAGGAGCAGGAAUCUCGUGAUAUUUCAGAGACUGGGAAAGGAGCUAAGGCUAAUGCUGGAGCAAGGGCUGGAGCCAGACUUCAGGGUGACUCAAAGGCCAAGGCUGAGGUAGCUGUGGAACUCAAGAGUGGACCUAAUGUAAAGGCAGAGGCCCACUCAAAGGCUGAGAGUGGAGGUGGCCUAGAGGCCAAGGCCAAGGCCCUUUUCAGCACUCUGAAGGAACAGGCAAGUGCAAAGGCAAGCAAAGCUGCCAAGUUGGGUACCAUCUUUGGGACCAGGGCCCUCGCACCUGGUUUACCCUGCCCAGGAGUCAGGGGUGGAGGCUGCCACCCUGUGAGGAAUGGAGCUAGGGCUGGGAGCAAGGCUAGUGGCAAGUCCAAGGGAAGGACCAGAAAUAAGAGCACCAGGACUCCAGCUAUGUUAUGGCCUGUUCGAAAGGGCAAGUUCAACUUUCCCUAUAAAAUUGAUGAUAUUCUGGGUGCUACUGACCUUCAAAAGGUCCUUAACAUCUUAGAAAGAUCUAACGAUCCUUUUAUUCAAGAAGUAGCCUUGGUCACUCUGGGUAACAAUGCAGCAUAUUCAUUUAACCAAAAUGCCAUUCGCGAAUUGGGUGGUCUCCCAAUUAUUGCAAAACUGAUAAAAACGAAAGAUCCCAUUAUUAGGGAAAAGGCAUACAAUGUCCUUAAUAACUUGAGUGUGAAUUCGGAAAAUCAGGGCAAGAUUAAAGCAUAUAUCAGUCAAGUGUGUGAUGACACCAUGAUCUGUCGUUUGGACUCAGCUGUGCAGAUGGCUGGUCUAAGACUGUUAACCAACAUGACUGUGACUAAUCAUUACCAGCAUUUGCUUUCCUAUUCUUUUCCAGACUUUUUUGCUUUGUUAUUCCUGGGAAAUUACUUCACCAAGAUUCAGAUUAUGAAACUAAUCAUAAACUUUACUGAAAAUCCAGCCAUGACAAGAGAACUGGUGAGUUGUAAAGUGCCGUCAGAAUUGAUUUCCCUCUUUAAUAAAGAAUGGGACAGAGAGAUUCUUCUUAAUAUCCUUACCCUAUUUGAGAAUAUAAAUGACAACAUAAAAAAUGAAGGGCUUGCCUCAUCCAGGAAAGAAUUCAGCAGAAGUUCACUUUUUUUCUUAUUCAAAGAAUCUGGAGUGUGUGUCAAGAAAAUCAAAGCAUUAGCAAAUCACAGUGAUCUGGUUGUGAAAGUAAAAGUCCUAAAGGUAUUGACCAAACUCUAA